CAGACGGCAUCAGAACCAAAGCUGCCGCCGUACAAGAUGCGUCUACUUAUAUUAAUCACGACGCUGGUUGGGCAAAUAUUAUCAUACGACAUCCCAGGAUUCCCAGCGCCCCCACCAGCAGCAUUCGGGAGUGAUGACCCCCUUGGCCGCAUCACCUUUGUCGCCCACUUUAAGCCCUUCAACCUCUCCUCCAGCUUCGAGACAGUCAAAACCAUUGCGUCCAACCCUUAUGGACUCUACCCUAAGGUACAGAAGCUCGGGGCGUCUCCAUCAGUCUUCAAGAGUUCUGUCGGCGUCAUUGCUUCAAACCCAUAUGGCUUCUCAGAGAACUUGGAGAAAGAGAGCUACAAACCCAAAACCGCCGGCAGCAGCUUCGUGAAGAUAGCGACCAUCCCUAACAACCCUUACGGGUAUGCUUUGGAGAUCGAGAAGCUAAGUGAUCCGGCCGAGGCAUUUGAAUCAGUUCCGGAGAUAGCCUCGAAUCCUUACGGUUAUUCAAAGAAUAUCCAAGUUGGGAGAUACAGUCCAAGAAACGUUGAUAGUGUGUUUGAGAAGGUAGAAGACAUCAGUGAGAAUCCUUAUGGGUACUCAACAGAAUUCAAGAAGCUUGAUGAAAAUGAAGCUUUCGAAGCUGUUCCUUUAAUUCCUUUGAACCCAUAUGGUUUUUCUGAGAAUAUUCAGACAGAGAGUUACAGACCUAGAUAUGUUGGCAGUUUGUUCCAGAAGAUAGAAACCAUCGCCGACAAUCCCUAUGGAUAUUCAACUGAGGUAAGAAAAUUAAGUGACAAGCCUGAAGCAUUUGAAGCUAUUCCAGUCAUUGCUUCGAACCCCUAUGGCUUCUCUGAAAACAUCCAGAAGGAGUCCUACAGACCACGAACUGCUGGUAGUUCUUUCAAUAAUGUGGGAACUAUCGUUGAUAAUCCAUAUGGAUAUUCUAUUCAUAUUAAACAACUGGGGAGCAAGUCGGAGGCUUUUGAACUUACUGAGACAGUUGCGUCGAACCCUUAUGGUUUAUCUGAAAAUGUUGAGAGUGAGAACAUCGUACCAAAAACACUUGGCAGUGGCUUUGCUGAAGUAGAGGUACUUGCCGAUAACCCGUAUGGCUUCUCACCAGGGCUGACGAAGCUAGAUGAGGAGCCUCAGGCCUUUGAACAAGUUGAAUCGAUACCAAUAAACCCUUAUGGCUUCUCUACAAACAUUCAAAGAGAUAUAUACAGAGUCAAAGACUUUGGCAGCAGUUUUGAGAAGGUAGAAACUAUCCCUGAUAAUCCUUAUGGAUACUCAACUGAGAUUAAGAAGCUAAGAGAUGCUCCAGUAGCAUUUGAAACCUUUGAUAUAAUCGCUUCCAAUCCCUUUGGCUUUUCUCAAAAUAUCGAGCAGAAACCUUACAAGAUGAGGACCGCCGUCAGUGGCUUUGAGAAGGUAGAAGCUAUUCCCACAAAUCCUUAUGGCUUCUCCGAGAAUAUCGAAGAAUUAAAGGAGAUCCCAGGAUCAUUUGCUCCUGUAGAUUUGAUCUCUGUGAAUCCUUAUGGCUACUCCGAUCAGAUUCAGGCACUGCCUUACCGCCCACGAGAGAAGACAAGUGGAUUUGCUGGCUUUGCGACAAUACCUACAAAUCCAUAUGGAUGUACAUCGGAAGUUUAUAGAAAGAUAGACGACACUCCCUCGGGAUUUGAAGUGUCAGAACUGAUCUCCAAAAAUCCAUAUGGUUUUUCUCAACAAGUAGAAACGGGAUCCUACGCCCUAAAAUAUCGUACAACAGGUUUUUCUGCAUUUGAGUCUAUUCCAGUUAAUCCCUAUGGGUAUCCCCUUUAUGAGGACAAUGAACGCAGUGGCAGUCAGCCUAAAGUGCUGAGAAGGCUUGAUGAGGCUAAGAAUGCUUAUGAAAAUGUCGAUAAAAUUAUCAGAAACCCGUAUGGCUUCUCCGAGAUACAUGUAAGAGAAAAUUAUAGCCCAAAAUAUAGCCAGUCAAGCUUUGCAGCUGGUGAGUUAAUCCCAGAUAACCCAUAUGGAUAUUCAGAUCAAGUCGUUUCCCUCAACCAAGAACCUCAUGGUUUCGAAGAAGUUAGUAACAUUAAAAACAAUCCUUAUGGUCUGCCUGAACUAAUUGACCCUUACAGUCUCCCUAAUAAUUUCGAGAGACUGGCACACAGUGCAGGUGUCUUACAAAGUGGAUUAAAGGCACCUGUUCGCAUCGUAUCAAAUCCUUAUGGUUAUUCUGAAAAUAUUGAGAAUUUAGAUGAUGAACCAAGCAGUUUUGACUCUGUCAGAUUGAUUCCUCUCAAUCCUUAUGGAUUUUCUGAGAAAAUAGAACGAGGGCACACAAGUCCUCGCAGUCGACCAUCUUCGUUUGCAAAGGUUUCUUCCAUUCCAUCCAAUCCCUACGGACUAACGGAUGACUUAAUUAGACUUGAUGAUAUUCCAUCUAGUUUUGCCAAUAUGAGAAGCAUUUUUCAAAAUCCUUAUGGAUUCUCUCAACAUAUCCAGGGAGCCUCAAUCACGCCGUCAUCACGAUCGUCUGGAUUCGCAAGCUUUGAACAAAUACCAUCUAACCCCUACGGGUUCUCAGAGAAAAUAAGGACAUUGUCACCCUCCCCGACCGCCUUCGAGAACACUGAACAUAUCCCAAUUAAUCCAUAUGGUUAUUCCACAGAACAUGUUCUCGGGUCCUAUACAUCCAAAAGUCUGCCCUCGAGUUUCGUAAGAUAUCCUUUAAUAUCCAAAAACCCAUAUGGGUUCUCAGAAAAGGUGGAGUCUAUUCCUGAUGCUCCCACACCAUUUGUGACUGUAACAAGUAUUCCUGAAAACCCUUAUGGCUUCACAAGGUUUGUCGAACACCCCAGUUAUAAAAAGAGAGAAAGAUCAUCCAGUUUCCAGGCUAUAAAGUCAAUACCUUCCAACCCCUAUGGCUUCUCUGACCAGUUUGAGAAAAUAGACGAAUUACCAGGAGGUUUUGCGAGCGUCAAGGCCAUCGAUGUCAACCCAUAUGGAUAUUCUGAAUACAUUCAAAAAGCUCCUGAGUCAAAGAAGGAACUCACUUCAAGUUUUGUCACUUUCGACAAUAUUGCUACCAACCCUUACGGAUUCGCCUCCGAAAUCGAGAAGCUGAAAAGCGCAGAAUCAACUUUCGAAGAAUUCGAGAGAAUCCCAGCAAAUCCCUAUGGAUACUCCAGCCAGAUACAACGCUCAUCUUUUUCCCCAUCCACGCGUACCUCUAGUUUUGAUGCCGUUGACUCCAUUCCCGAAAAUCCAUACGGUUUUUCCGACCAGGUAGAACAGCUUGACCUCGAACCCUCGUCGUUUGGUAAGACCGAAAACAUCGCCAACAACCCGUACGGCUUCUCUGAUCAGAUUCAGAGUGACUAUUACAAGCCAAGUGACCUCAAAAGUUCUUUCCACCAAUUGAAGGAAGGCACCGAUGUCCUUCCUUCGACCGAUAAAAUCCAAUCCAAUCCCUUCGGCUUCUCUGAGCAUAUCGAAAAGUACCCCGACACCGAGUCCAGCUUCAGUAACUUCAGUCAGAUUAAUAUCAAUCCUUACGGCUUUAUAUCGGCCAUCGAAAAGGAAGCCAUUGCUUCCAGGACACUCGACACUCCCUUUGAAAAAAGUGGCCACAUCUCUUCCGAUCCCUACGGCAUCGACAUUAAGAUGGAAGACUUCGGAGCAUUUACAACAGCCUUCGAAUCCUUGAAGACCAUUUUUGUCAACCCUUAUUCCUUCUCAGACGGAGUGCCCAUGCAGCCUUUCCCUAGUUCCUUCUCUCACACCACCAAAAUCGGCCAGAACCCUUACGGCUUCCAAAAGGUGUUUAGGUCCUCUAGUGCCUAGGGACAUAACUUUAUGGUCCCAGUGGCAUCGUCAGGGAAGGAAAAUAUUAGUGAUUGUAGUUUUGAGAAAGGUGACAAGAGUGGUCAGAAAAGUAACAACAGUAGUGACAACAGUAAUGACAAAAGUGACUUCAGUAGUGAGAAAGUGACAACCACCACAUAAUUGACAUCAUAAACUAUUUCAGGAGACUGACAACGCCUUUCCUUUAUCCACACCUAAGUAAUUAUCACAUAUGUUACAUCAUAUUUUACGGUGCAUUACUUUCAUUACGAUUUAUUUUUCUCAUUCUUUAUUGUGUUCUAAAUACAUUCAAGUUCAUGUUAAUUGAUUGUAUUACAUUUUCUUUUGUCACUUUUCAAGAAAUAUUUAUCGUGUGCAAGUCUUAUCUUCAAGUCACCACAGAAACACGAAAACUAACUCUCUCUCUCUCUGUCUAUCUCUCUCUCUGUCUAUCUCUCUCUGUCUAUCUGUGACGGUCGAAUAAAAAAAAAUAAUCCAAUCUGUCUUCAAAUCUAACCUUAAUCUUACGAACUAAUACAAUUAUUUUCCUCCUCCACACAAAUAUUAUUAUAUUAACUAUAUCCUAACAUAUGAGAAUCACUUGUAAAAUCCUACUAAAAGAUUUGACAACUUA